CUUGUGCAGUUGCUGAUUUUGGUUGGGCUGUGGAAGACGUGUUGUGAAAGAUGUCUUAUCAAAAUAGUAUAUCCUCAAAACAGGCCGCUCGGGAGCACGUUUUGGCGGUUUCCCGUGAUUUCGUGUCUCAACCAAGACUCACUUAUAAAACUGUAACUGGUGUAAAUGGACCGUUGGUUAUUUUGGACGACGUCAAGUUCCCCAAAUUCAACGAAAUCGUCCAGCUCAAGCUGUCCGAUGGGAGCAUACGUUCGGGGCAAGUGCUGGAAGUCAGCGGCUCCAAAGCCGUCGUCCAGGUCUUCGAGGGCACGUCGGGGAUCGACGCCAAACACACCGUGUGCGAGUUCACUGGCGACAUCCUGAGGACGCCCGUGUCCGAGGACAUGCUGGGGCGCGUCUUCAACGGCUCGGGGAAGCCCAUAGACAAAGGUCCCCCAAUCCUCGCCGAGGACUUCCUGGACAUCCAGGGGCAGCCCAUCAACCCCUGGUCGCGUAUCUACCCUGAAGAAAUGAUCCAGACCGGUAUUUCUGCCAUUGAUGUUAUGAACUCGAUCGCUCGAGGGCAGAAAAUCCCGAUUUUCUCUGCCGCCGGUCUGCCGCACAACGAAAUCGCCGCCCAAAUUUGUAGGCAAGCUGGUCUUGUUAAAGUGCCCGGGAAGUCCGUACUGGAUGACCAUGAAGAUAAUUUCGCUAUUGUUUUCGCCGCUAUGGGUGUUAAUAUGGAAACUGCCCGAUUUUUCAAACAAGAUUUCGAAGAGAACGGCUCUAUGGAGAAUGUAUGUUUGUUCUUGAACUUGGCCAAUGAUCCAACCAUUGAGAGAAUUAUUACGCCACGGUUGGCCCUCACAGCCGCCGAAUUUAUGGCCUACCAAUGCGAGAAACACGUACUUGUGAUCUUGACCGACAUGUCUUCGUACGCUGAGGCCUUGCGUGAGGUAUCCGCUGCCCGUGAAGAGGUGCCCGGCCGUCGUGGUUUCCCCGGUUACAUGUACACCGAUUUGGCCACGAUUUACGAGCGCGCCGGUCGUGUCGAGGGCAGAAACGGCUCAAUCACCCAAAUUCCUAUCCUUACUAUGCCUAACGACGAUAUCACCCAUCCUAUUCCCGACUUGACUGGUUACAUUACCGAAGGACAAAUCUACGUCGACCGUCAGUUGCACAACAGACAGAUCUAUCCGCCAAUCAACGUGCUGCCCUCCUUGUCGCGUCUGAUGAAAUCUGCCAUCGGCGAAGGAAUGACCAGGAAGGACCACUCCGACGUUUCCAAUCAAUUGUAUGCUUGCUACGCCAUCGGUAAGGACGUGCAAGCCAUGAAGGCCGUCGUGGGUGAAGAGGCCCUCACGCCUGACGAUCUCCUGUAUUUGGAGUUCUUGUCCAAGUUCGAGAAGAAUUUCAUCACGCAGGGAAGUUACGAGAACCGCACCGUUUUCGAGUCGUUGGACAUUGGCUGGCAAUUGCUCCGCAUUUUCCCGAAGGAGAUGUUGAAGCGUAUUCCUGCAGCCACCUUGGCCGAGUUUUACCCAAGGGACUCACGCCAUUAGUUUUUGUUACGAUCCUGAUAGGUUUGUUUUAAAAAUCCACUUAUUUUUAGCCAUUUCUUUGGGCCAUUAUGGUGCAAUUUUGUAAAUACCAAAAAACGUAUCGUACUUCAUUUUUCCUUCAUUUGUUGUAUAUUGUAAAUUGAAAUUAUUACUCCUUAACAAUAAUUUUAAACAGUAGUACAAGACAAUAUGUAAAGUACCACGAUAGGCAUUGAUAUUACCCUUGUUAAAUAUGAAGCACAUUUUCUUUGCUAAGAAAUCAAAGUGGAAGCGCGACAUUCCAUUACUAUAAUUCUUGUUAUAAAUGUUGUAUAAAGCAAUACACCAACCAGCUUUCAGUAUUUUUAUUUUUAGUUGUACAUUACGCGGUGAAUGGAAAUUGCUAGCAUUCGACAACUCUUUCGGUGUUAAUAUCUAUAAGUAAACAACCUUAUGUCUAGACUAGUGUAAAAAAUGUGAAUAAAUGUAUGAUGUUACAGUUUUAGAUUUUGUCAUAUUCUAUGCCUUGUUUUAUUAGAAUGAAGUCACGUGUUUUAUGUAAAAUAUUGUUGAAUAAAUGCUGUACAAAUA